AUGGAGCACGUCGAUGCCAUCUUACUGCAGACAAUAUUGAAAGAUUUAACAAAAUUUAGUGGCAGCCAACAGCAACAUGUCAAUGAUUGGCUAUUAACAAUUAAUCAAAAAUUCGAUGCAUGUGAAUUGACUGAGCCACAACGUCGUAAAUGGGCUGUGGCAUUUCUUUCUGACGAAGCCUUGAAGUGGUAUACUCGUCAAUUGAUUAAACUGAAACAUGGGAAAUUAAACCACAACGUCCGCCAUCUACGUUCUUCACACAACUAA